AUGGGUGCCAUAGUCACAAACUUGGUGGCGCUUCCCAUCCUGGGUCUGAUUGCCAUUCCAAUGGUAUUGUCGGCCUGGGUGACACUGUGGGUCGCACUUGCGACCCUCUUUGUGCGAUUCUCCGUGGUGUACUUGGAUGUGAUCUAUGGAUUUGUAGUGAGCUUCUUCACGCUUCCUUUGUCCAGCUCGUCAUUCCUCUCAUUUGCUGCAUCGGAGCCGGUCACACCGGCCGCAGGAAAUUCGCGACGAAACUCGGCACAUGGUCUGAUGCAGUCGCGAUGGAGUCACGAUGACCAUCUUGCUCCGGGAGUGGGUGCUAUUCAGACAAAUGACGAAAGCACAAAACAUGAUGUCAAGUCGUAUGCGCAGAGUAUGAUCGAGGCUCAUCACCUGCCUAGCAGCAGCGAACCCUACAUUGGUCUCCCCGUCAGCGGCGAUGAACGACGGGACUUUGAAGGCGUGGGCGGCUGGAGAUCAUACCAAUAUCCCUCCGAUCAAGCGUCAAGGCCUCGAACCGCACCCUCAGCGCAAGAGAAGAGCUUCCACUCAGCAUCAAACUCGUCCACUCAAAGUCUGCAAGGGGAGCAUGCACUCGAGCCCGAGGGUUUCGAUGCUGACGAUCUGGCGUGGCUGUCAUUGAAUUAUCGCCUCGAAUUGCCAUCGCACCUGGUUCGAUUGGGAGACCAUCUGAGAUCGGCCCCAGGAGUCAAUAGCCCGCCCAAUCUGGACUAUUACCCUCAUGCCAGUGGCUUGGGUCUUCAUGCCAUGCACCCCGCACAGUCUGCUUCUUCGCGUCGCUCUCAUUCUCAUUCUGGCGCACGCCACCACCAUCGUUCUCACACGACAUCGGCCCUCACAACGUCAGAACGUCGCACCGGCGAUUUCCUCUCGCUAGCACUGUCCACUCGUCCAGAAUCUGUAAAUCGGUUUUUAUCUCCUUCCGCAUCGAGAGCUGGCCCUUUCAUGACUCCUCAACCAUUCUCAGCGUCACUUUCAUCGGCACGAACGCCCUUUACACAUGACCUUUCCCGUUCAGAGGCGUACCUGUCGAGAUCCGCGGACGCAGCCAGCUCUUUCUUACCAACCAGCCAUGGCGCAGGCGAGAGACAGGGACCUUACGGUUACUUCGCCCUACAGAAGAUAGAUCGCAGAGACCAUCAACUGCCUCCUUCUUCGGUCAUAUCUUCUUCAAGUGGGAGUGGUGCCACGACGCCGGGAUUAAACCCGUCCGGCGAAGACCGCGAUUCCUCGUCUCUUGGCUUGACGAGGCUGAUGGCUCACUAUCCCACGGGGGUGAGGCACCGCCGACGAAGUAUUGCGGGCCCUCAUUCGCGAGUGGUCACUAAUGGGGCAUGA